AUGGGAGCUCCCAGCAUGCUGAUCGGGCGUCCUCAUGGCAAGUGUGAGUGGGCCGCCGCCUGCGGCCCCUCGUCGGGCUGCUACACCUACCAGGUGAGCCGGCACAGCGCCGACAUGCUGCACAGCCUCAACCAGCAGCGCAAGAACGGCGGCCGCUUCUGCGACGUGCUCCUGCGGGUGGGCGACGAGAGCUUCCCGGCGCACCGGGCGGUGCUGGCCGCUUGCAGCGAGUACUUCGAGUCGGUGUUCAGCGCGCAGCUGGGCGACGGGGCAGGUGGCGGCGGCGGCGCGGAGGGGGGCGCGACGGAGGCGGCGGCGGCCGGCGGGGCUGCGGCGGCGGCCGGCGGGGCCCCCGGGGGCGGGCGGGAGCUGGAGAUGCACACCAUCAGCUCCAAGGUGUUCGGAGACAUCCUGGACUUCGCUUACACGUCGCGCAUCGUGGUGCGGCUGGAGAGCUUCCCGGAGCUCAUGACGGCCGCCAAGUUCCUGCUGAUGCGCUCCGUGAUUGACAUCUGCCAGGAGGUCAUCAAGCAGUCCAAUGUGCAGAUCCUCGUGCCCCCCACGCGCCCCGACAUUAUGCUCUUCCGUCCGGGGGCUGCGGACCUCGGCUUCCCUCUUGACAUGACCAACGGUGCCGCUUUGGCACCCAAUGGCAAUGGCAUUGCUGGUAUGCCCGAAGAUGAGGCCACGCGGGCUGCGCUCACUGCUGCGCAGUCCUCCCUACCUGUUCUGCAGGGCGUGGACCGCCUGCCCAUGGUGGCAGGACCUCUGUCCCCACCACUGCUGGCCUCACCCUUCCAGAAUGUUGCUGCUAGUGGCCCCACUUUAAGCACCAAGAGGGGCAGAGGGCGUCCCCGUAAAGCCAACCUCUUGGACUCCAUGAUGUUUGGUACCCCAGGGGGCCUGCGAGAGGCCGGUAUCCUGCCUUGCGGCCUCUGCGGGAAAGUGUUCACGGAUGCUAAUCGUCUUCGUCAACAUGAGGCUCAACAUGGGGUGACGAGCUUACAGCUGGGCUACAUAGACAUCCCACCCCCGAGACUGGGUGAAAAUGGUAUCCCUGGUCCGGAUGACCCCGAUGCACCCCGAAAAAGAAGCAGGACGAGGAAACAGGUGGCCUGUGAGAUCUGUGGCAAGAUUUUUCGGGACGUGUAUCACCUGAAUCGGCACAAGCUGUCACACUCUGGCGAGAAGCCUUACUCUUGUCCAGUGUGUGGCUUACGGUUCAAGCGGAAAGACAGGAUGUCCUAUCAUGUUCGAUCUCACGAUGGCUCUGUGGGAAAGCCCUACAUCUGCCAGAGCUGUGGAAAAGGCUUUUCCAGGCCAGACCACUUGAACGGACACAUCAAACAGGUGCAUACCUCAGAGAGACCUCACAAGUGUCAGCAGGAAAAUGGCAGCCACCAUGGAAUAAGCUCAGAGACAUCCACAUCCAUAGAAAAGUUGAAACUUCAAGAGACUUGUAAUGCUUCCUUUGCAACUCGUGACCGACUGCGCUCACACCUAGCGUGUCAUGAAGACAAAGUUCCGUGCCAGGUGUGCGGGAAGUACUUGCGAGCAGCGUAUAUGGCAGAUCAUUUGAAGAAACAUAGUGAAGGACCAAGUAAUUUCUGCACUAUCUGUAACCGAGGUUUCUCCUCUGCCUCCUACUUAAAGGUCCAUGUUAAAACCCACCACGGUGUUCCCCUUCCCCAGGUCUCCAGGCACCAGGAGUCCAUCCCGAAUGGGGGAGCAGCGUUCCACUGCGUCAGGACCUAUGGCAUCAAAGAAGGCCAGAAAUGUUCACAUUCGGACCCGAUUGAGAGUUCUGAUUCAUAUGGAGACCUCUCUGACACCAGUGACCUCAAGACUCCCGAGAAACAGAGCACCAAUGGGUCCUUCUCGUGUGACAUGGCAGUCAGCAAAAACAAAAUGGAGACGGAAGCGGAGAAGAAGUACCCUUGCCCCGAAUGUGGCAGCUUUUUCAGAUCAAAGUCUUAUCUGAACAAACACAUACAGAAAGUUCACGUCAGGGCCCUCGGUGGUCCAUUGGGGGACCUUGGUCCUGCUCUAGGAUCCCCCUUUUCACCCCAACAGAACAUGUCUCUCCUGGAGUCAUUUGGGUUUCAGAUCGUCCAGUCAGCAUUUGCAUCAUCCCUAGUGGAUCCAGAGGUCGACCAGCAACCAAUGGGGCCAGAGGGGAAAUGAGAUCAGAGUGAUCUUAACAAAGCAAAGCAGCAGUCUGGCUAUAAUGAUAAGAUGCUGUGAACGAAAGAGGAAAUAAUGAAAUUUGGUUCUAUAGCUGAGAAUUUUUUAUUCAUUUUAGCUUCCCUCUUUGUCUCGUGCCCUACCCCACCUUUAAACCCUCACUGGGGAGAAGGAGAAAAUGCUUCUUAGCUGAUAAAUUACAGAAGAUGGUGACCUUGAAUAGGAGACGUGACCUAAAACACCAAAUGGAGCUUUAGAGGCUGCUGCUGGUGUUUUGUCAUGGUCUUCUAGAAUAAAUCUUGAGUAUUAGAUGGUCCUAGUGACCAAGGCACCUGGGGAGCUACAGCUACAGGAAGCGAUGCUUUUUGUUCUCUCCCUAUUCCCCACCUUCCCUAACCUACCCCAGAAAAAACAGUAAGUUUUUAAAACAGACCCAUUAUUGUCCCAUUAUUGAAUAUAACAUUAAGUAAAAUGCCCCGGUACCUAGCAGGUUACGAUGCAGUUGUCCUUUUUUAAAACAGAAAAAUUUAAAGAAGGUGAGAGAAUUUGAACCCCUUCUGCAAUUUGUGAGGCUGUGAGUGCUGCAGCAGGACUGAACUGCUGAAAAAAAUUACCAUUCAGAACAGGUUGUUUUUAUUACUUUUAACCAUUAAACUUGCUGUCAGGUUUUUAAUUCUCUAUUAUUAUUAUUUUAGGACCUGUUGUAGUAAAUUGCUACUGAAAAGCCAGUCUAAGGCGAUACACAGAGCACUCUUAAAGCAGCAGUCACACUAGGGUUAGUAUUAAUUUUUUUUUUUUUAGAUGUACCAUAAUUAAUAACUUGGCUAGUUGAUUGUUUUAAGUCUAUGAAAGAAAUAGUUUUAUGAAAAAAGAAAAAAGGAAAAAAAAAAGGAAGAGAAAUACCAUUGCAGUCUGGUUGACUGGUGCUCAUUUUUCAUGUGGGGACGUAGGGUAUAAACACGAUCAGCUAUCGGGUUAACACUAUGUACCACUGACUUGUUUAGUGUGAAUAAACCCAGGGGUUCACAGAGUGAUUUUUGGUUUAAUUGGAUUGGACUCUAUUAAAGAAGUUAGUAUGUUACUUUGCAUCCCCUCGUUUUGUCUGGUUUUUGAGCAAUUUAGCCACCUGUCCGAAAGGUGUGCAAAUGAGAACCAGUAAAUAAGACACAAAUCCCUCUCUACACUCUACUUUAUUCUCAGUGACCUGGGCUUUUUGGCACAGUCGUGCUCUCCUAUCUGCCUGUAGUCAGGUUUGCAAAAGCCAGUCUUACUCCUUUCUUUUCCAAGGAGGAAGGGUUUCUACUGUAAGAGAAGGGAAUUGCAUAUCUCUGAAAAAGAACUGAUUACAAAAUGCAAAGAAGCUGGGCUCUAGGCUGUUGAAGGUUCCAUUUAAUCUGAAAAUACCACUUGUGCAGAAAUAAUGUCUUUUCUUUGCCCUCCCUUUGCUCCCAUGUAACUUGUCAUGGUCUUUAUGUACCAAAUCCAGGUAUAAAUGUUGUUUAACACAGGGUUAGGAGUUAGGAAUACUCUGAGUUAUAAUUAUGGUUCUGCUGUUGAUGCUCAAGGUCACAUAGGACAGCUCACUGAAUUUAUUCCUUAAUUUCCCAUCUGUGAGGAGUUUUCUCUACACCACAAUUGUUGUGAGGGUUAAUGAGCAAAGAUUUAUGCAGCGAUUUGGUAAACUAAGUUGCAAUGUGUACUGAAUGUUUCUAGAAACAUUCUAGAAACCCCUCUGAAAAGCCCAAGUCCCACACCAGACUUGCAUUCUAUUAAACAAUAGCUGUCUCCAUCGUUAAUGCAGUGCUGGAGCAGGACAGGCCACCUCAGACCAGGACCUAUAUCCUCUGCAGGAGAUAUGUCUGUAUUAAAUGUGAACACAGCCACAAACUGCUGUUGCGCCACGACCUGAGUUGCCCAGGUGCAACUAAUACAUUAACUGAAAUAAGCCAGAUUACUGUCUUGUUUUUAUGUUGGAAUUAUAGACCUUUUGUAGGUAUAUGAAUUUUGGAAUGACGUUUUAAAUUCUACAGAUUUAAACCCCCUAGCUUCUCUUGUAAGAAGCUACUUUUUUGUACUUGCUCUCGAGUAUUAUCAACCAAGGAUGAAUAAUCAAUGGCUUUCUCUUUAUAGCACCAGCACUUUCUAAAUUGAGAGCAUGUUGCAGUGGACUUGAUGUUUUGCUAUUAAUCUAUGUUGAGAGACUGAAGGACAUGUUCUUCUCCAUCCAUCUUCCCCCAGAAUCCCUGGAAUAGGUAUGAGUCUCAUUCAAAAGGGGGGAAAAUCCAAAAACCAAACCAAGUCGCCUUCAAACUAAAGCUUCGUGGAAUUGCUAUUGCUGUACUGGUAAGCUUAGUGACAAGUAGAAACAGGACAUUUCAGAAAGGUAACAAAACAUUUUCAAGUACCUUACAAAUCUAGACCAUGAUGAAACAAUCUUGUAAACUGCCAAGCAAGUCAAGAGCAGGCUUUCCAGUCAGCACAAGUCAUUGGGAUUAGUAAAUGGAGCUGCAGUCUCUCUGAUUUACUAAUAGCUCAUACUUAAGCCACCAGGAAAACUUCUGUUGAAUUGAGGCUGUAUUCUGAAAAAUAUAAGAAGUUUGUGUCCCCAGUGUUCCCAUGUGCACUCAAAGAGGGUGCACUAGUCAUAAGAUUCAACUCCAAAAGCCACAUCUAGAAUAUAAGAUAUUUUCAUCCUACAUUUAGCUCCACUGACUUAAGUAUUACUAGUGGGUUGAAUUUUGGCCGUGUGUAUCAGAAUUUAAUUCUGAAUGCUACAGAAUUUGACCUGAUGAAACGAAUGAAAAGCCUUGAACUAAAAAGGAGGCCUUCUAAAACACUAACUGCAUUUUGCUUGUCAAAGAAAACGCUUACUAAGUUGUCAUUAAUACAUUGAAUUAAAAGUACUUACUUCUCAGUCUACUGGGCAGGGAAACAAUUAGCCGGAAGUUAACAAUCCUGAAUUGGCAGUUCUAGAUCAUCCUAGUGCAGAGACUAGUGCCAGCGGUAGAUUAGGCAGAUCUUUAGCAGUGGUGUGUGUUUUCAGAGCUUUUUGCUGCUUUGGGAGGGUAUUGUUCCAUCCUGGAUGGUGAGUUAAUCUAUAUGCAAAUUCUUUAUAUUCUGUACUUUGGGAAAUGUCAGCUUCUCAUAGGACAGAUGGAUCCAAACAGAAAGCUCAGCCUCAUAAGUUCAGAAUUCAAAGGGGAAUACUUAAAACGCCCCAAGCUGCAACCUCACUUAACUUGUUUCUAUUACAAUUUUAAAUUGGUGUAUCAAUGUAUAGAUGAUAGUUCUCAUUUUGGGCCAGCCUUCCUUUUUUUGUCAUCUUCUUUGGCGGGAAUACAAUCCAACCUUUGAGUCGGUGCACUUCUCUGCCGAGAAGGGAAUUUCAGGUCAUACAAAUUUUGAUAAUCAGAAUUGUAGUAUUUCUUUGUAUUGUAGGAGUCCUUAAACAGCUCAGCUGAGACUCAGACCCUUGUGUACUGGGUAUGAUGAAAACAUCUUCAGCCAUUUCUAAUCUAAACACUAAAGAUAGACAAGAAAGGAAUUGAUGCUUAUAGGUGAACAUAAGGUGAAUAUAGGUGAAAUAAAGAUGAACGACUAAACACCGCUUGCUUGCAUGCCUAAGUGUUGUGUUGUAGGGGCACAGGCUUAUCAUUAGGCUUCUUUUGUUGCCUGAAGUAAUUUAUCUUUAGGUACUGUUAAUCCACAACAAAUGCAAGGUAAAGCAAUUUAAUGUGAAUUUAUUCCAUACUGAGUUCAGUUAAGUGACAUUACCUUGCAUUUGUCAUGUGCUAGAUGUGUACAGACAGACUUACUAGUGUGGCUCACCUUAGGCAUGGUAACGUGGUGCGUGUGAGCUCUCACUCUUAAGUGAUUUGCCCAUGAUGACGUGGGAAAUUGAUAGCAGAACCAGAAAUUGAACACAGAUUUUUCCUUCUCUCAAUCCAGUGCCUUAACUAUAAUAGGGCAAAGUAUUAUGUGCUGGGGGGGGGUGUGUGAUUGUUUAGUUUGUUUUUUUCAAGCCUAGAACUAUAAGAUGGUGUGGAGUUGGUCUUCCUACCGAUCUUUUGAAUAAUUGCAAAUGCCCAGUCACAAUUUUAGACCUGUUUGAGUGCCAGUGACUUAGGGAAUAUUUGUUAUUUCCCACGUAUUCCCUGAAAUUAUUGUUCCUCUCUCAACUGCUGUCAGCAGUAAGGAAUGACUUGAAUAGAAGAGCUGUGUAACUGAAUGUCUAUCUAACUCAACUAAUUGAAUUGAUAGUAUGAAAGCUAACCUAGAUUUUGUAGGCUCUGUUGUAACUUUAGUGUCUUGUUUUUUCACUAAAUCUUUGUUCCUAGAAAUCAAUAUCUGAACUUAUGUCUUGAGUCUGGAGUGGGGUACCACUUUCAGCUUUAAUUUUUUUUUAAGGUGCUUGCUUGAGGAAGUAGAUGCCAAAGUAAACGUCAAAGGAACUCCAGACUUCAGUGUUGGAAGAACGAAUGGAGAGCAAGAGCUCUCUUUGGGUUUCAUGAGAGAUAAAUGGACAAAGUAAAAAACAGCUACCAAAAUUUUAAGUAAUGAAACAGGAAUGGCUUUUCUUUGUCACCCACAAAAAUAACCAGAUAUUUUCAAAUUUUCAGCGUGGCAAAAACUCUGAGAGCAAGUGCCAAACAAAACCAUGGAAUAUGUUGGCUUCCUCAGCAUUAUGAAUAUACCUUAACAGCAUUAUGAACAUUUUAAUGUAAAUUAAGCCAGCUUUGUACCAUUCACCUUUUGCCUGGGCACAGUACCUGAGUUUUAAUUGAACAGAACAUAAGCUCACAGUGAAUCUCUGAGCUUAUGGCUUUUCAGUUCCACCCCGAGAGACAAAACAAAUGAGCAAAGAGGGAAUAAAAACAAUAAGAAAACUUAAAAGGGAAAACAGAUUCUGGAAGAUUCCCACGUCUCCUGAGAGAGUCCUGAUUUUUAUCCUGAACAUCUUUUUCAAAACAAGAUCCUUCAGCUAUUGCGAAUGAGCCUUUGGGAAUAGAUUUGGCUUUCAGCCCAAGCCGCUGCUCCGCGUCCCUGUGAGGAGGCAGUUUGUGUGUUGUGGGGCACUGAGCCUGGGACCCGGAGGAGGCAGCGCCUCUGAGCCCCAGCCCAAGGCCACCGUUAUUGUCGCAGAGUCAGCAGCAGCCACGUUGGCGUGAUGUCAUGUCUUCCUGCCUGCUCCCGUGACACAUUCACCCCCUCCCCGUUCCUGUGCCAGUGUGGGACCUGCCCAGACGUGUACAGCUCUGCCAGUAACUGUGUUAGCUGUAAGACAAACCUGAGAACUAUUUGGCUAAAAAGAGGAAAAAAAAACAAACCCAAACCAACAACAUAAAAACCCAACAACUUGAAAAAUUAUGUGGCAUAACUGGAAAGUGGUGUGGAACAGGAGCAGGAACCCUGGCUGUUCAGGGUUGUGGUGAUGGCUGGAAUGGUUAAAGCACAUUAGUGAAAAACCACAGUUGUUUGCUCUGUGGUAGCAGAUAAUGACUGGCUGUUGGUAAAGAAUUAACACCUCGUGUCAUCUCUGGCCUCGUCCUGUGUUUUGUUCCCAUCUAUAAAAUGAGAUGAUAACCCUUGGGUAAGAACGUUUCAAGAUUUGACUGACGUGCCAAAUUGUGCUGCACGGUUGUGCUGCUGAACUCUGCUACAAACCGUUGGCCUCGCUGACUUCAGGCGUGAUGCAAAGUUAAACAAACAUUUGGCCACAUUUUUCCUGAAAGGUGAAAUAUUUAAAUUACUUUAAAAGACUGCCUGGCACUAUUGAUCUGCUCUCAGGGUUUAUGUGAAUGGAGCUUUUCUUGGGCAGCCUCUCUACUUGUACUGCAGUUUUGGAGACCUGGAAGUGCUCUGAGCUGAGAUGUGCUGAAGGAAGGAGGUAAACUGGUGUCUCAGUGAUGUUCCAGUGCCUCCUUCACAGCUCCUGGGUGCCAUGUGGACCAUGGGGUCACUUCAUACAGCCACUGGCAGCCAUAAAAGCUCUUGAGCUUCUUGCAGUCACAUAGUGAGCUUGGGUAAGUGUUUUUAUAAUAAAUCAGUCUCAUGCUUGCUAAGAGGUUUUUGGCUGCUGUGUCUACAAACUGGUGCCUUCUCCAGGCAAUUUUUACAUGCCCUCUGCAAAGUUGUCAGACCGACUGCUGGCUCUUAAAUAAUCAACCAAGCCUUGCUCUUGGGCUCAGAAUUUCUCUUCAGUACUGUUGUAAUCUGAAAGUUUGCUGCAACUAGUGCAAAUACACAGUGUAAGAGAGAAAAUAAAAGGCUAUUCUCAGACAUCCUGUAGAGUGAACAACUGAAACAUGAGCGUGGGAUGAGCCAGGAAAACUGGCAUUUUUCCCUGGCUGCACGCCGUAUGGAAGAGACAGUGCCUUGGAAGGGAAGGAGCAGAAAAGUUUGCCAUUGGCUCUGAUGAAUCCCAAUCCUGCUUCUACUGAAGUUGUUGGGAAUCCUCCCGUCGUCUUCAGUGUGAGCAAGAAAGGAUCUUAGGUGAGGAUGGAUGACUCUUUCCCUACUUGAAUGAAGUCUCUUGCCUAUUUACGGGCCUGCUUCUAUUGAAACCGAGCCUGUUUUAGCCUUUUUGGGUUCUUAGGGACCUGUUUGUAUAAAGCAACUUACCUACCUAUCUUUUUUUUUUUUUUUUUAUUGUGUGUAUUUUUUGUAUGUUCUGUUGGAAGGUGAAGCCUCUGUAGAAGGGGAUACAAAAACUGAUUUUUAAAUAGUAAUAAACCAAAAGAGAAUUAAACUCUGCAGGCUGCAUGCAUUCAUUUCCUGGAGACGGAGAGUAGAGACCAUGAGUGCACAGAGAGACAGCCUGUAUUUCUCGUAUCUCGAAAUCUUGCUCUUUUCAGAGACAAUUCCUGUCUUUGCCCAUCUCCACAGUUCUAUCUGAAAACCCGUAGCGUCACGGGCAGGUCACAACAUUGUGCAUCGAGAUGGUCUUAUCUUGACUAGAAAAUCCCUUCUCUGGGGCUGCACGAUGAGAUUUCCUACAAUAUUUUAGCAUAAGUGGAUGAAGUAACGAGUAUCUGUGUGAAGUUUGGUGUUGUCCUCAUUGAAUGCCUGGAAGGCGGUGAAAAUAAAAAUGAGACAGGAUAUAUA